AUGGCCAUGGCUCAGCAAGUCCGCCUCCCAGCGCAGCCGCCGCCCGCGACGUGCAGGGGCGUCUUUCUGAAGGAUGAAAGAGACGCAAAAACCGUGCUCUAUGCUGUCUGCAUGGGGAUGUUGCCCAUCAUUCAUCGCCGCCUGGACGACUAUGGUAGACGAGCCGUUCGCGCGGGGGACGUCUAUGUCUUCGAGCCCAAGUCUGCAGUUGCGGAGCCUAAUGGCAUCGAGCGUUGGACUGAUGGCGUAAGCUGGAACCCAUCCAAGAACAAAGACUAUUUUCUAUACUACGACGAAAAAGCGCGGCAGCUACCCGCGGUCGAGUCUGGCGAGCGACACUACUACCUCCUCAAGCGUACCUACGCUGCAACGGUAACCCCGCAACCCGGGGCUGUCCCACGCGAACUGCACCUCGUCUGGUACGCCGCAAGGGACGACGCGCAUAAUCAUGGGCUUGUCCAUAUCCGCAAGGUCUUCCAGGACACGCACCCGAGCUUGGCGCACCCACCGGCCGACAUCGACCUGCUCUGUAUCCCCAAGCGCAACGUCCGACGCGCGACUGACCGCCAACGCAGGGAGCGGAGGCGUACGCUGCCCGGAUCCGAGGACGGGCCUUUGAAUGGCGAGCAGGGCUUCGCGGGACCGGUAUUGCUGUCGCACACCCGGCCCAGCAUCGACGCGAUCGCAACGGACGCGCCGAUGAGCUCGCCUCCCGGCCUUUUCCUGCCCAUCCAGACGACGCCCCGGCGACCGGCUGGCUAUUUACCUCCUCUCGCGCCGAUGACGCCAGCAUGGGAGAGGGAGGAAUCCAUGUUCACGCGACGCGAGCUCGAAGGCCCCUCGCGGGUCACGCCGCAACGCCGCACACUCACGCUCUCAAUGGGCACACAUCCCGGAGAGUCUCCUCUUUCCCAGCCUCCCGCGUACCAUCAGCCGCCCGGGCUGCGCCCACUGUCAUCCUGCUCGUCGUCGUCGUCGUCCAGCCCUGGGUCCGAUGCAGACGAUGCGCUUCCGGAGCGCAUGCGAGGCGACGUCCCGCCAUCUCAAUGGCAACCGCUGUUCGGCAGCCAGGGCGUCAACGUCGGUGGCACGACGGCGCGACCGACGUUCUACAUCCCGCUUCCGCCUCUCAAGUCGUCGUCCUGCUUUGGCGAAUCGGGCGCGAUCCUUCCAGACGUCCAGGACAUGCCCGUGGUCGAGCACUACCAGAAGCGCGACGAGAGCGACGAUCGCAUGCUUCAGCAACUCGAGAAGUACUUCCAUAUCUAG